AGGAUUCGUCCUGACCUUGUCCAGUACUGCUCUAGCCCAUGACACGUGACCUAUUGUUCCUCGUCAAUUUUGCUCUUUAAUCUUUUUUGUCGUUGGCUGAAAUUAACAUAUUUUAUUUGUUAUUGUAACUUAUCAACACAGUUGUCAAUGUCUAAGAAAUUUUCUUACAUAUCAAUUUAUGUGUAUAUUCCUGAAAUUGGGCUUUGAGCCAUGUCCGCCAACCGAAAACCAUAUCAGAAUCAUGGCUUCCAAAACCACUCAUGUCACGGCGGCAUGGUGCCUCCCUAUCUGAAUCUCGAACGGUCAGCACAAACUGAAGCUUUCGUCGUUGCCCCCCUCGUGUUUGAUCCAGUUACAGAAAAUAGGCAAGCAUCUGUAGGAUCUCAUGAGCAUGCUGCCGACAUCUUCAGCACAGAUUACAAGUAUUUGCCCGACACCUGGAAUAGUGAUUGCUAUGAUGAUGCAGAACAUGUGGCAUUUAAUCUCUGUGAGGAUAAUCAAAACUUGAUCUACUGGAAUGACCCAUUCACCAAAGGCAAUUUUACGCAGCUAUCUCCUUCAGCAAACUCUCAUACCACGACAUCAGUAAUGCCCAUAUUGCAAGAUAUAUCUUCCCCUUGUGUACCUUUAAGACAAAAUCAGCAGAAAGAAGAACUGCAAUCGACCAAGGGGGCGCUACUUAUAGCGAGCGAAGAAAAGUCAAGAGAGAAUCACGUAUGCCCUAUGUGUGGGCGUACAUUUGUCUACCAAUUAAACUUUGCAAAGCACUUGACAGCAGCAGGCUGUUGUCAGCCCCCUUGCAAAAAGAGCCGAAUGGAUCCUGAGUCUGAUACAAAAGAAACAUUCAAAUCUAAUACCCUGCCACGAACCAGCCGUACCAAGAAAAUAACGCGAUCCAAUUCAACCAAGUCACGAAAAAAACAAACCGUUCCAUCAUUAAACAACCAUCCACAAGAGUAUCUACCGAACACGGUAAUCAUUUCCGAUUUGCAAGGGACUCCAAUGAUGAUGCUUUCAAGGGAAAGAUUCAAGAUACUUAAGGCUACGAAACAACGGCCCUCAAAUGCAUCAGGCCAGUACGAAGCCCAAACCCUUUUCGAUAGUCUACAAGAGUCUACAUACUGCAGUUUUUGUGACUUGCAGUUGAAUUCAGAGAACCUCUAUCAACGACAUCGCCUUGCUCAUGCUCUUGUGAUCCAGCUUACUCGUUGCCUGGUGCAUUCUCUACCAAGAAUUUCAUCUCCAUAUAAUGAGACAACUUGUGGCAGCAAUCCGGCUGUCCUCGGUGAUUGGUUGAGUGACCAAAUCCGUUGCAGUAUUAAUGACGACAACUGGUUAAAACUUUCUGUUCAGGAAGUGGAACAAGUACUGGGCAACAGCAACAUGGACGUAGAUAUCCCACAACGCCACGGAAUUCAAGAUAAUGCUGGGUUUCAAAACAUUGUUGACCUUCUAGUUAGCCAAGAUUUGAAUCUCGCUCCGGUUAGUGAGUUUGCCGACGCCACAAGAAUAUUGGAUUUCAUUCCACAGGAAACGGAAAAAUCUAUAGAAACGACUGGGAUGUCUACCUCCGUCACGUACGAUCCGUUUCUAAUUCAGUCGGUGUGCAGUAUGCCGGACCAGCCCAUGAUCGUUCCAGUUGGCAGCGACUUAGGGACAACUGAAGUGGCUAGUCCUGUUUGGCAGACAUCCGGAAUUGAAAUGUCAGAUGUGAAUGGAUGCACGUCUUUCUGCGAUUUUAAUGAAGCAGAGGGAUCUUUCAAGUUACUUAUUACAGAUCUUGAUGUUGUGGAAAGGCAAAUGGCUAGCCUUUUGAAGAGUUACGAAACUCUUUCACCGUCAGACGAUGGCGGGAAUCUUAGUCACUCCGAAUUGGAAUUUGAGCAUAUUUGCAACGGCCAUCCGCAGGAUAAGUUUGCGAUGCACCACACCGCUUCCUCACGGGCGGCUGAAUAUCCUUCAACUUGCAAACUCGAUGUCGAACUUGCAAAUCUCACGAGUUGCAAAAUGUUGCCCAUAUUGGGGGACGUUGACCGUUUGACUUACAAACUCGAUCGACCAGUUAGAUCAACAACGCCAGAGGAAGAAGAAAAUCUAACCCACUGACGUCACUUUGCACCGUUACCCAGUUGCGCAAGUUGCACUGUCUAAUCAUUUGAAGUUCUUACCUUAUUUUCAGUUUAUAAUAUUUUUCGUUUUCAGCACAAAUCCGCCAUUCCGCGGCAAUUCCUUCAUAUCUAUUAUAUCGUUUUAAAAAAAUUAUUUGGUCAAACUGUAGAGAAAGAACAAAAAGAAAGUUAUUUGUUAUGACACACAAAAAAAAAGAAAAGAAAAAAAAAUAGAAAGUUUCCCGUACAGCAACCGUACCCUACGUCCCCUUUUUUAAACUUUUAAAAUUUAAAGUUUUGUUUUUCUCAAAGACCUUGACGCCAUCAUCGGCCAAAAGGUAAUCGACCUUUUGGUUACAUCUUCCUCUUGCACUUCCUCGUACCAGGCAUACGUUGCCAUAACACACUCA